AUGUCCCUUCGCAUCCAAGGAACUAUGGCAUAUACCUCGUCCAGCUCGGAAAACAGUCUCCUAAACAAGCUGGCUUGGUCCAGGAAGAACAAGUUCCUAGGUCAGCUACACCGUAGCAUGACCUCGAAAUUCUCGUCUCCGUCGGAUCGCGACAGUUCCGCCGGUGGCGACCAGCAAGCUGCUUUUUCCUCGUCCUCCGCUCGGCAGAGCAGGAACGGGGCGGCUUCCCAUAUUGGGCGUCCCAGACCUUCUACAACUACUUCCCGCGGCGGCUUCGCCAGCGAUGAACGGUCGACACGAGAUGGGAUGACCGACUACGUGUAUGAAGAAGACGCCGACGAGAAAGCAGAAGAAGCACGACACGGCAGCAAAAGUGGAAGCGAUGUUGAGAUUGAAGAUAUCACGGACGCGCCGCGAUCACCACCAGCAAAUUACUCACGACCACGGCCAGCGCAAUCACCACAAUCGACACCAAACAUUGACAAGUCACCAGAAAGGCCACCACCUCCACCACCAAAACACCAAAAGAAGACCCUGCCCGGAGACCCAGCUUAUGUUGCACCCAUAGGCAAAAUUGGGCCAAUAGGGAGCACCCCCAAAAUCGCUUCCCGCAGCAACAGCGAAAAGGGCGGCAUCUCCGUCUCUCCCUCCUCGCGCCCCCAACUCCCUCCCUACAUCGGUUCCUACCUCAAAGGCAAAACCGUUGACGAAUACGGGGAUAUCAUCGAUCCCCGAACAGGUACAAUCCUCGCUCACGCCGGAGGCGAUUUACCUUCGAUUGUGGGCAGGCAAGUGUCCAACGACCAGGGGGAUAUCUUGGGGGAUGAGGGGGAGUUGCUUGGAUAUGUGGCUGAUGUUGAGGUUGGGAAGAAGACUGCUUCUCCCGAGGAAGCAGCACCAAAACCGAUGAUGAGUCUUGCAGAGAUUAUGAGCAGAAACAACACGGCGUUGAUGGUGGAUCAUGACGGCAAUAUUUUGGACGCGCAGGGGAAUGUGGUGGGAAAGUUUUUGGAUCAUAACAAUCCUGUGCAUAGGGAGAGGCAAGAAAAGGAGGAGGAUCAGAAAGGAGAGGGGAAGGGGAAGGGGAGGGGGAGAGAGGAGGAAAGGGGGGUACCUGUGCCACACUAUGAAGAGGCUGACAAGGAUGAGAAAGAGGGAGCUGCCGAGGAAGAGCCGCAACGUGAACAAUCAAGACCACCGAGGAGAACGGAAGAAGAGAGGAGGGCCAACGCGGCUGCGUGGAGAAAGGAGAAUCCGGGGGAGAGCCCCUCGGACAUCUUUCUGGAUGUCAAGUCGACGACGGAGGGGAUUCAGUUGACGAUUAGGAUCCCCACUGUGUUUGGGAAUGGCCAGCAGUUGAAGCCAAACAUUUCGUUUUCUUGAGCAGCAUUGUAUGGGCUACUUUGUCAAAAAUGGGAUUAGAGCGGGCGUUAUGGGAGUUUGAAAGACUGAUUGAUGUAAUGGUCAAAGGGGGAACAGAAGCACCAAAAGUUAGCAGUACCUGUACAUGCGG